GUUUCAUACUGCGGUGUUACGUACGCUGUAAACAGGAAGUCACAGUUUUGCAAGAAAACGUCAUUACGUACACUGUAAACAGGAACUAGCCCGCUAGAUUUUCCUACUAGGGACUAGGACGUCAUCAUGGGAAAAAGCUGUAAAGUAGUUGUGUGUGGUCAGGCUGGAGUUGGUAAAACAGCUGUACUGGAACAGCUGCUCUAUGCCAAUCAUGUUGCAGGUUCAGAGCCCAUGGAGACCCUGGAGGACAUUUACAUAGGCUCCAUAGAGACGGACCGGGGCACCCGAGAGCAGGUCCGCUUCUACGACACCCGAGGCCUCCGGGAUGGGAUGGAGUUUCCUCGACACUACUACACGUUUGCUGAUGGAUUUGUACUCGUCUACAGCAUAGACAGCAAAGAAUCCUUUAAGCGAAUGGAGGCCCUGAAGAAAGAUAUCGAUCGUCACAGAGACAAGAAGGAGGUGACCAUCAUCGUUUUGGGCAACAAGCUGGACAAGCAGGAUGAGAGGAGGAUCGAUUCGAACUACGCUCAGAACUGGGCGAAGAACGAGAAGGUGCGUCUGUGGGAGGUGUCGGUGGUGGAUCGACACUCGCUCAUCGAACCCUUCGUCCACCUGGCCAGUAAAAUGACCCAGCCACAGAGCAAGUCCACCUUCCCUCUCAGCCGCAACAAGAACAAGGGAAGUGUUUCUCUAGACAGCUAAGAAUGAGCUCUAAUUGGAUCUCUACGUCCAUCUCCAUGGUAACAGACUCCUGUGAACUAAAGCGGCUCGCUGGCAGGCUUUCUUUAGGACAGCCCGAGUUUCUACCAGACCCCUCCAAUCUGAUUUUCUAUUUUUAAGCAAUUCAAUGAAAAUGAAAGAAGAAUUCAGUUGGGAAAGGAUUAUUGGAAGUUUUCUUAUUCCUAGAUGAUCUUUCAGUUGAUUCACUCAUUCAUAUCAGUAACCUUCUCCAGCCAGACAUCCAAAAUAACACACUUUCUGUUGGCUGACCACAGCUAAACCAUUUUUAAAAUCUGCAUUUUAAAUGUUCUUAUUCAUAUUAUUGUGGUUUACAAACCAGUGACUCCAAUAUGUAUGAAUGAAUGAAUAAUAAAUAAGUAGGUGAAAUUAGGAUCAGGGUCACUCAAAAACAGAUGAAGAGAAAGAACAUUUUUACUUUGGACUUUUGGGACUUGUAGAGGAAGAAAUGUGCUGCAUGAUGGAGUAGAUGGUAGCACUGCUGCCUCACAGGGGGAAGUCCGUAUGUUUAAAUCCCAGCUGUAUUCUGUUUCUCCACAUGUUGAACACAAACUGUAAAUAACUCCUCUUGAUCCCUAGUCAUUUAGGCUGUUGCCUCAGAUGAUUUAUUGUGUUUUGCAUGUGUGCUGAAGAUUUAUGAUGAAGGAUUUAAGGCAGAUCUGAGUUCUGCUGUAGAUGCUGCUGCAGGACUGAGGACCAACCUUCUGACUGAUCCCAGAAAUCGUGUAUAACCAGUCAAAGCACACCCAGAGCCCUCUGUUACUAGUACUGGCCCUUUGCACGUGACGUCACGCCACUCAUGUGGCCGCCCCCUUCGCCAAGAUGGACGGCAAAAAGACCGUUUACACCCGUAGAAACUCCAGUGAAGGUCAUCAAAACAAGCCAGUUUGUAGCCUUUUAUGGCUUUUAUUGAGCUGAUUUGACAGUAAAAUGGUUUUAGCUUGCUGCGUGGUCGGCUGCACUAACAGACGAGGACGUAAACUCAACUUGUUUUUUAUUUUUAAUAACUUUGAUGGAGACUGAGGACGGAGAUGAACUGCAGCAUCAAUCAAGCGGACUAGCAGGCCUCAGAUUAGCAGCGAACAUGUUUUUACUGGGUAAGAUUAACGUUCAUUUAUUUCACGAGGAAGACGAGGACAGGGAUACAUGUGAUGUGUUUAUACUAGUUAUUGAUAAUCCUGAUGGAUGGAUAUUUCACCACGGAGGCUGCGCUCCGUCCACUGUAGUGUAAAGCGAGACAAUUAUUAACAAUAUCAAAGCUCCGAUGUAUGAUUACGUGUGUUAAAAUGACAUUAUUUAUUUAUAUGAGCGUCGGCGUUCAGAGAUCUUCUCAUUCCGGUGUGAGAGCAGCAGCUGGACCCGGUAACACCACCAGCAACAGAAGCUGGUAGGGAUCCGGACUUUUUAACAAUCAGCUUUGGUGUGAAGUGAAACGCUGUUUAUAACAUAAAGUUAUAAAUCCAGAGGGGUGAAUUUAGACAAAGUCAGCAACAUGUUUACAUCGGUGAACAGCUGCAGAGAGAAGUAAGCUAACGUUGGUAAGCUAGUUAGCAUACCGCUCUCUAUGUGCCCCCGCUAGAUGCGCUACUUCUUCUGAUAACUGAACUGGGCAUGAACUAGUGGAAGGAAUGCUGGAGGAGUUUUGUUCUUGUUUUGAUCGCAAAAACAGUUUCAGGCUCUACUUUUCAUCGUGUUGCUCACUGUUUACAUGCUUUUGCCGUCCACCAUGGUGGACCCACGUGAUUAGGUGACAUCGGUGCAAAGGGUCAAUAAUGGGUAGGCGGGGGGCACGCUGUGAGGUUUGCUUCCUGUUGCUACUUUUAAAAGGAUAUUUUUACAUUUCUCUCACAAUCCACCCUCUAAUUUAUCACCUUUCCACCAAUACGUUACUACAGUUAACAUUUAAUCAGCUUCAGGCUGACCUACCACAAUAACCUUAAGUGUUUCACAAACACCUAAAGUCAUUCAGUAGUGAACAAAGUGCAGAGGACAACACGCACAAUCGUAUUAUUCAUAGGACUUCCUGCUACAGCAGGGUAAUGUGUGUUUUAAAGCUAUUCUCCACUGGUGCCUCAGCGAUGGUGACAAUACUCACAUUUGACUGAACUUGUAGAAACCAGUUGAUCCAGAACUGACAACACAGAGUUUCCUUAACGUAAGUUAACUCUGAAUCUCCUCUCUGCUUUAUUUUGAUCAUUUGGAGAGGUUUUCCUGAGAGAAAGGCCCAACGAUCGUGUGAAUAUUUAUACCCAAUUACAGUCCGUUUUCAUAGAAGUCUGUAUUUUAUGAUUUUCUUGAAUACAUCCUUAAUCAUCACACUAAAUGUUUGUUACACCAGGGAAGGAAUGGAACGCUGCUUCCUGUUAUAAAUGUGGUUACACUGUUUUAUUUACAACAUAAGCAGCUUUCUCUGAAGUGGACCGUGAACUGUGUGCCUCACACCUACAAUCAGCUUCUUCAUUUCGUUUUCCUGUCACAAAGUUCACAGUUUUUGCUCACAGAAAAGGGAAGAAGGAAAACGGAAUCUUGCACAUUUGUACACUGGCUUGAGUUUUAUAUAAGGCGACACUAAAAAUGAGCACAAACUGAAUUAGAUGGUUCAGAUUUAUCUUAUUGUGAAGGGAACCGUGACUGAAGGAGUUUUGUUGAUGUUCAGUCUCUUGUGCGUGUGUGUGUGUGUGUGUGUGUGUGUGUGUGUGUGUGUGUGUGUGUGUGUGUGUGUGUGUGUGUGUGUGUGUGUGUGUGUGUGCACGCGUUCGUAUUGCUUAUUGGUCAGGCGUGUUAUGUGUAGCCUAUCGAUGGACAUUCCCACCACAUGGAGCUGUCGGUAUGGAGGAGAUGUUUCUGCAAGCUCGGGUGUUGCUUUUCAUGGCUGUUCACAACAAAGUCAUGGGCACAAAACAAGAGCAUCCAUUAGUCACUGCUGAUGAGCAGAAAAACAGGAGGAAGAGGAAAAUUCUUCAUCAAGAUUUCACAUCUGAGCAGAUUUGGGUUUUCGUUUCAUUCUAAGUGGAAUAUUUAAAAUCUUAAAGACGUACUUGUUUGUUGACUCUAUAUUUUACGCAGCUUUGUUAGUUAAUUUUAAGCUUUUGUGUACCAUGA